AACUUGGAUUCACAAACUUUAUGAAACCCCAAAAUCACAGUUCCCUGACGUUGGGCUAAUAAUGAUCAACUGAAUUACCAACCAGCUGCACGAAUCGCAAAAAGGCACGAUCUUUAUAUAAAAUUCUCAAUGAUUCGCUCCUAUUUCUGCUGCGUGCUGUAGAAGAUCUUCUUCUCUGCUCUCUCGCUCAUCUGGGCUGCGGUUCCUGCUCCAGAUUGAGUGAGAGAAAAACAUAAAAAGUAGGAAUCUUGGCGAUGUGGGUAUUCGGGUACGGGUCGCUGAUAUGGAAAGCGGGCUUCCCUUACGAUGAGCGGGUCGUGGGUUUCAUCAAGGAUUACCGCCGUGUCUUCUACCAAGGAAGCACGGAUCAUAGAGGAACACCGGAGUUCCCUGGAAGAACAGUCACGUUGGAACCUGCAAAGGGCGAAGUCUGCUGGGGUGCUGCGUACAAGAUAGUCAACAAGGAAGAUCAACUAACUGCAUUGGAGCAUCUUGAGGUGAGAGAGAAGCAGUACGACAUGAAAGCUUAUGUUGAUUUCUUCACAGACGCUGCUUCUUCCACCCCUUUCGUCUCCAAUGUUAUGGUAUACAUAGCAUCUGCAGACAAGAAGCUCAACCAGAACUAUCUGGGACCUGCCUCGCUCGAAGAAAUUGCCAUUCAAAUAGUUAGGGCAAAAGGCCCUUCAGGACCAAACAGAGAGUACCUCUUCAAGCUGGAAAGUGCCCUUAUCCAAAUAGGAUGUGAAGACAAGCAUGUUAGAGACCUUGCUGAUGAAGUGAGGCGCAUACUCUCAUUACAAGGGGAAUUGAUCGAUUGAUGAUAUUAAACUUAGGAAUCUGUCUUAUAAGCCCUUGAAUUAAAACUUUAUGUAUUGAGAUGAUCAUGAUUGCUAAUUGCUAAUUGCUAAUAUUGAGAUGAAGACAUUCAUAAA